UGUCAGCGCCCAUGGAAAAAGAAGCCAGCGAAAUGGAAAAGAAAUUCGUCGUUAUCCACAGCACUGAAAAGGAAGAUCCAGUCGUUGGAAUGCCACCAGAGUUGGUCAGAAACCUUGAAGAUCUAUUCAGUGUUGUGCUCCAUCAAAAUGUACUUAAAAAUCCGUCAGUUGGAGCGAAAAUAUUGGGUGCUUUUGUUCGACCAACUCGAGAUGGGCGGGGUCAUAGAUUUAUUCAGGAGAACUUUGACCUCUACCCUAAUCUGAAAGUUGUGGCCAACCAUGGGGUUGGCUGUGAUCAUAUUGACAUUAAGCUACUGAACAGUCAUGGCAUAAAAGUGUCAAACACCCCCGGCGUUCUUGGUGAUGCUGUUGCGGAAAUGGGAAUAUUGCUGAUGCUGGCGUCUGCUCGAAACUUGGUUGCAGCAAUUGAUACGGCAAUGGGUCCAAAUCCAGUGGAAGAAUUCCCAAUGAAUGCUGUUGGUGUGCAAGUCUCCUCUGGUACUGUUGGGAUCAUUGGGAUGGGAGACAUUGGUUUCAAAGUUGCUAAGAGAGCACUUGCCUUUGAUAUGAAAAUUCUCUACUAUAACAGGAACCGAAGGACAGUGGAGGAUGAGGCUGCUGUUGGUGCUACCUAUUGCCAGCUUAACGAACUACUGCGACAGAGCGAUUUCGUAGUUAUAACCUGUUCGCUUACCUCAGAAACCGAUGGUAUGAUAGGAAAAGACCAGUUCAGCAUGAUGAAGCCCACUGCCACUAUUGUAAAUCUUUCUAGAGGAAAAGUCAUUGAUCAGGAUGCUAUGGUGGAUGCACUGAAAGCCAACAGAAUCCGAGGGGCUGCCUUGGAUGUGUCGACACCAGAACCCCUCCCAAGAGAUCAUCCGUUACUAAAACUCAGCAACGUUAUUCUCACGCCUCACCAAGGGUCAGCUACUGACAAAACCAGGAGAAAUAUGGAACGACUCAUGAUUGAUAAUGUUCUUGCGGGUAUUGAGGGUAAACCAUUGCCAAAUGAAGUCAAACUAAAGUAGAGUUCUGUAUGUUGUUACAACAUGUAGCAAGAUUAUGUAGCAGGUCAGAGUAGGCAGUUACAUCUAGUUGUAUCUAGUCCAAAUGGAUCUCAACAUUGGAUCCAAAUGUAGUCCAUAUCUAGUACAAAUGGAUCUCAACUAUGUUGUUACAACCUAAGGAAACCAAAAGAUUUUGUAGCAAGAUUAUGUAGGUCAGAGUAGGCAGUUAGUCACAGUCCAAAUGGAUCUCAACAUUGGCCUGUUGUUCUAAUUGAUAGAAAAGCUUUCUUGAUGUCAUGCAUCAUUUUGACUGCAGAGUGACCUCCAUGGUUUCAAUGACUCGUGUUUUAGAGUUCAUGUAGGUGGUGUUAUGGUGCUGUAUAUUUUGAAAACAAUGAACCGUGGAUGAUAGCUUCUGUUCACUAGGCAAUGGACACAUGAAAAUUUAAGCCAUGUAUGCCAACAAUUCGUUGUUCCCUCCUGCUGUUUUAAGCAUGUCAAUAAUAAAUGUUCAAUGGAAUUGAUUAAUA